CCGCUCCGGGUCCUCCUGGCUGGGUCCACUCGGACACGGCGUACGCCUGCCUUGGAGAGGGGAAGCCGGUCCGAGGACCUCUCCGUGACCAGACCGGACACCUCCCACCCGUCCAGCUCCCUCCCCAGGCGGACAUGGGGUCCGGCGCCUGGCGCCUCCUGGUACUAAACCUGCUGCUGCUCCUGCUGGCACGGCCGCUCAGGGGCCAGACAGGCACACACUGCUAUGGAAUCCCUGGGAUGCCGGGCCUGCCCGGGGCCCCCGGGAAGGACGGGUAUGACGGGCUGCCAGGGCCCAAGGGCGAACCAGGAAUCCCAGCUACCCCUGGGACCCGAGGACCCAAGGGCCAGAAGGGAGACCCCGGCACGCCUGGCUAUCCUGGGAAAAACGGCCCCAUGGGGAUCCCGGGGAUUCCGGGGACUCCCGGCGCCAUGGGCCCCCCCGGGGAGCCGGGUGUGGAGGGCAGGUACAAGCAGAAGCACCAGUCCGUUUUCUCGGUCACGCGGCAGACUGUCCAGUUCCCGGCGGCCAACAGCCUGGUCAAGUUCAACGAGGUCAUCACCAACCCGCAGGGGCAUUACGACAGGGACACUGGCAAGUUCACCUGCAAAGUCCCGGGCCUCUACUACUUCGUCUUCCACACGUCGCACACCUCCAACCUGUGCGUGCUGCUGUUCCGCAGCGGCUUCAAAGUAGCCACCUUCUGCGACCACAUGACCAGCAGCAAGCAGGUCAGCUCGGGCGGCGUGCUGCUGCGGAUGCAGGAGGGCCAGCAGGUGUGGCUGGCGGUCAACGACUAUAACGGCAUGGUGGGCACGGAGGGCUCUGACAGCGUCUUCUCCGGCUUCCUGCUCUUCCCUGACUACUGGGUCAUCUUGUUGGAGAACCAGGAAGCUGGCCGUAAACUGCUGCACUUUCACUGUGCCGACCACAACAAGGGGUUGACAGCUCAGGUUCAAAAAGGCAAAAAGUGUAACUUUCCUGCCCAGAUUGCAGCUCGGGCCUCAGAGUCCAAAGACAGGAAGGAACACCAUCUUAGAGAUUACUUUGAGAAGUACGGAAAAAUCAACGCCAUUGAGAUAGUUACUGAUGGACAGUCUGGCAAGAAAAGGGGCUUUGGAUUUAUUAUUUUUGAUGACCACGAUCCCGUCGAUAAAAUCGUGCUGCAGAAAAAUCAUACCAUCAACGGUCAUCGUGCAGAACUGCUGAGCUGGCGAAACCAAACUGACCACCCACCCAUCAUGUUUACAGUAAACCCCUCCCGAUUGCAGAAGUGGAACCUGAAACAGCCUGAGGACAGCAGAAAGAGUGAGAGUGGGGUGAGCAGGGGCGGAGGCUGGCCUGCUGGGCCCGGGGAGGGCGCCGUCAGGGAAAGGCCCCUCUCAUCUCUGGGGAAUGGAACUUCCGCUUUGGACGGAGAGCAGGAGGCUCCCAGCACCCGGUCCCACUCUGCCCAGCCCAGCGGCCUCAGAGGACACCAGGCUCCCAGGGAGCAGCUGAGACAGGCCGUGAUGAAGACCCCUCGGGGCAGCGUUUCGGUGCUUCUGCCGCUGCUGCUUCUGAAUCUGCUCUGUGUCUCCCGGGCCCAGAGCAGCUGCAUCGGGCCAUCCAUCCCUGGCAUCCCGGGCAUUCCCGGGAAACCAGGCCCUGACGGCAAGCCUGGGACUCCAGGGACAAAGGGAGAGCAAGGGCUUCCAGGGCUAGUUAGACACCUCAACGAGAAUGGCGAGAAGGGGGACCCAGGGUUUCCUGGGAUGCCGGGAAAAGUCGGCCCCAAGGGCCCUGUUGGGCCCAAGGGUGUCCCAGGGCCUCCCGGAGCCCGCGGCCCCAAGGGUGAAUCAGGAGACUACAGGGCCACGCAGAAAAUUGCCUUCUCGGCCUCACGCACCAUCAACCACCACCUGAAAUCAGGCCAGACCAUCCGCUUCGACCACGUGAUCACCAAUGCCAAUGAAAACUACCAGGCUCGGACCAGCAAGUUCACGUGCAAGGUGCCCGGGCUCUACUUCUUCACCUACCACGCCAGCUCCCGAGGGCAGCUGUGCGUGGACAUAAUGCGGGGCCGGGAGGCGCCCCAGAAGGUGGUCACCUUCUGCGACUACGUCCAGAACACCUUCCAGGUCACCACGGGCAGCAUUGUGCUCAAGCUAGAGAAGGAAGAGACCGUCUUCCUGCAGGCCACCGACAAGAACGCCCUGGUGGGCAUCGACGGCGCCAACAGCAUCUUCUCCGGCUUCCUGCUCUUCCCUGACGCAGAGGCAUGACCUGUGGGGUUGAUUCACCCCUGCCCUCACCAGCCAGGCUCUCUUUCUCCCCAACACCCACCCCCAUAUCCCAGCCAAAGUGCACAGUAGGGCUCCAUGGGCGUUGCUGAAAGAACGAGUUAAUAAAGUUUCCAAGGCCA